AUGUUAGCCCUGAAAUCCAUGAGGCUGCCUUAUUCUGCGGCCGACCCCAGGCACACGACAAAAGCAAAAAUCCAACUCCCGUCAGAAGUCCUCGAUGUGGUUGCAGAGCUUCUAUAUGAGAGUAGCUGUCGGCAGUUGAGCUCGCUUUUACCCUUUUCUCUGGUAGCACACCACUUUCGAAAGUCGGCAUUGCCCUUUCUUUUCGGCACCGUGUCCCACGUUAUCCGUGAUCGACCAGAUCAACGCGGUUAUGGCCUUCUUCGCUGCCUCCUCGACGAUUGCCACCUUCUCGGCUAUGUCCAUACACUACAUUUUCAGCGCCCACUGGAAAUACCUGACUUGGAAGGUCGAGAACACACACCCUGGGCGACCGGUCGCGACCAAUUUGACUCGGACCUGGAGGUAGUCCGCCAGAGUCUGCCUUUCAUGCAUCGGCUUCGCCGUAUCAGACUGGACUGCUCUGCGGCGGCAGCAUACGAGGUGCUUCAAAUACUGGGCGACGAUCAGCAAUAUGAAGUCAUCAUCGACCAUCUCUACACGUCUUCGCGCUGGCCUGACCUGAUCCAAGCUACCACCGCCAUGGUGUCCCUGGCUGAGCGCCAUCGGCUCGCACUGGGAGCGUUCGCCGCACCUCCUUUCCAAUACCCUGAGCCCGAUCAAUCCGUCUACGAUGCGAUAUCAAGAGCCGCGGCCGUAAAUCUACACAUGGACUGGCUGCUUUGUGGCUUCGGAGCAGAUGGCUCAGACACGCCACCACGUUUAAACGAAAGCCCUGUCUGGACCGAGUUGCGGCUAACUGUGGCGCGACACGACGAUAACGAGGGCCGCUUAAUCGGUGGUUUGUUAUCAUCAGUGAUACCGUGGACAAAUCUUCGACGGCUCUCCCUCGAAUGGGUAUCUGACGCACCCAUCAACGAAUUCAUCUAUCGAAGUGCUCCUCGGCUCAUCCAUCUCCAGGCCCUCCGUCUCCAUGCAGAUAACCCACUACACUAUCACCCCAGAUGUCUCCACGUGGAAUCUCGGCCUUUCGGGUUACCCAAUGAUACGCGCCGCCCAUUCGUGAUCGACUUCACGCAACUGACGGAGCUGCGAGAACUGGAAAUUGAUGGCAUAUGCAACCACAUCCCUAUAGCGGAUCUUGUGGGCUCAAAUCUCCGUCGCCUCCGGCUGCAUUGUGCUGAAUACCCGUCUUCGGUGCAGAGCAAGCAGAGCCAGCGUACCCAUACCGACAUUCUGACGGCGGCGAAACUCGCCCCAAAGCUCGAGCGGCUGGAGUUGGACGUAGGCUACCUCGAGCAUUUGUGGCAUCCCACCGCAAUUCCUGCAGUGGAUGUGCAGGUGGAACAAUAUGCCUUUUUGAACGCACUCACCAAGUUUCAGCACUUGCGGUUCCUCCGCCUGUUCCCUCCCUUCACCGCCCGCUCAUACCUGCGCACAGAAUCAAGGCUGGAACCUCGCCUUCCAGUUUCCGACGAUCAGGCGAUCCGCAUCUUUGAACGACUGCACAGCGAGUGCCCCUCGUUGCAACUGUUGUCCAUCGCCGCAGUCCCAUCCUUCGUUGACGUCAACACCAUGUAUUGGGAGGUCACGCGACUCGGAGUUCAAACCGUCCUGGAGACCGGCCACAGGGCGCGAAAUUACAAAAACCGCCAAAUCUGGAUCGGACAACGGAGGAUCCGCAGCGAAAUCAAACGUUUCAAUACGCCGCAGAUCUACCUCCCAGACUCUGAUGGUUGGAUGCUGACGCGGAAUGAUCUUCAUGAUGUCCGUCAGAUUCCUCCUUUCAUGCUGGAAUGA